CGGCGGCAGAGGCGGCAGCAGCAGGCAGGGUGGGGCGGCCGAUGGCGGGAGGGUGAGGAGGGGCCGUCGGCAGGUGCGGGUCUGGCGGGCGGUCCGCGCUGGCGGCGGCGGGAGGAUGCGCGAGUACAAGGUGGUGGUGCUGGGUUCGGGCGGGGUGGGGAAGUCGGCGCUCACGGUACAGUUCGUGACCGGCACCUUCAUCGAGAAGUACGACCCCACCAUCGAGGACUUCUACCGCAAGGAGAUCGAGGUGGACGCCUCCCCCUCCGUCCUGGAGAUCCUGGACACGGCGGGUACCGAGCAGUUCGCCUCCAUGCGGGACCUCUACAUCAAGAACGGGCAGGGCUUCAUCCUGGUCUACAGCCUGGUCAACCAGCAGAGCUUCCAGGACAUCCGACCCAUGCGCGACCAGAUCAUCCGCGUCAAGAGGUAUGAGAAGGUGCCAGUAAUUCUGGUUGGUAAUAAAGUGGACCUGGAAAGCGAGAGAGAAGUCUCAUCGAGUGAAGGCAGAGCCUUAGCUGAAGAAUGGGGCUGCCCCUUCAUGGAGACCUCUGCUAAAAGUAAAACAAUGGUGGAUGAGCUCUUUGCAGAAAUUGUUAGACAGAUGAACUAUGCAGCACAGCCAGACAAAGAUGAUCCCUGCUGUUCUGCGUGUAAUAUACAAUAGCAUUAAAAAUGACCUAACCUGGACUUUUAUUUGCAGAAAUUUUGUAAGGUGGUAAAACUGUCUACUUCACUUCCUGGUUUGUGGGUCACUUGAAAUACAUCUGUCGUGAAGUAGCAACAUGAACUCAGAGCUGAGCAUUGAAAGUCAAUCACUGACUCUGAAUAUAAUUGGGUUAAAUGACCACAUCUCACCCGUUUUUCCCUUUGAGCACCUGCAAUGUUAUGGCCUAGCCAGCUGAUCUACAGGGUCGUUCCAGUCGGGCCUACGUGUGUGGAGAUGUCAGCCCCGCAGCAACAGCAGCUGUGUUUGAAGAAGCUGGAAAACUUCUGGAAAUGGGAAACAAAAGCAGUGGAGAGAAUGUCUCUGAAGACCACACACAAUUAGCAAAAGCAUGACAGGGGAGCCAAGUCUUUCAGUGUCUAUUUACCAUGCUUCAGGAUGUGCGCUAUCACUUGUGGCCGAGUUUGUUGAGUCAAAUAUGUUGAUUUCACCAGAACUUCUGACAGUGUUAGAGGAAGAGGCUACCAGAGACCUAUAUUUGGAUUUUUUUCAAAAUCGAUGCUAUUAUUUCUACACUUUAUCCCACAUCUUGAAAUAGAAAACUUCGCAUCAGUGUGUGAAAUGAGGGGUGAGAUCUGAAAACAAAUGAUGGGUGAAGAAACAGUCUGGCAUUGGAAUGUUUUAAAUUUUUCAUUUUGCUGCUCAGAAAAUGGAGGAUCGCUUCAGGUUUUGGUCUGCAAAAAGCCAAACAAACCCUCUGUUUACAAAGCAGGAAGCAUCUUUAUGUAUCACUUUACUGAACCAGGAGGAAGCAACUGUGAUGAAAAAAAAUUGCUGAGCCUUACUAACAAGGAACACUUUAAUAGAUUAACUAGUACCAUCUUGUAAGGAAAAUUAAGCCAUGUUGCAUCCAUAUGUUCCCUUCUGCAGAAACCUCGUGGGACAGUAUGAACAUCCUGCAUUUUUAAGUUUGUUAAAGAUGACAGUUUUUCUUGCCUUUAAGGGCUACAUUCUCUGGUGUGAUCCCUAACUAACCUUUGAAAAUCAAGUUUGCUAUUUGAUAGCUUUAAUGUUGAAAUCCUAAAUUGAAUAACCAUGUAAAAUCAUUUGGUUCAGAGGUGAAAUAGUUACAGUUGUAGUUCCUUAGGUGAGUGUGGAAAUGGCUCUUUAAUUGCCUGACACACUACUCAAAGGUUGCCCCGAUUACUGGAGUGUUAAAUGGUGGGAGCAAAUAUUUUAUUUUGAAAGGAUGCUUGAGCUCUGACUUGCUAGUUUCAUAGCAGUGAAGUAUUUAUCAUUUGCAUGACUAAUGGCACAGAAAUACCUAUUCCGAAGUCUUACAAUCAAAGUAUAGAAGAGUUUUCAAUCACAAUGUUUAGACUUUAAAUGCUGGAGAGAUUGUUGUGAGCUGGAGCUUUUAUAGGUAAAAUUUGCCAUCAAAAUACAGAGUCACCGAGCCUGUGGUCUAAAUAACACCAUGCGUUUAUUAGUUUUUCAAUCUUGUGCAGUAACAGUGUAGUUCCUUGUGUUUAAAUGAGUGAAAAGGGGGGUGCUGGGGUGUGUCUGUGUGUGUGUGUGUGUCGAGUGUGUAUGUGUGUGUGUACGUGGCCCUUAGAAAUGCUGUAAUUGGAGUUAGGUUAGAGAGUUUUGCCUCCAUCUGCAGAACUUCCUAAAAUGCUCUCAUCUGCCACAAAGAAACUUGAGUAGAAAACACCUUGCAGAUUUUCCUUCAUAAACAUCCAUAACAUUUUGAAUUAUAUAGCUCAGUGGAUGCUAACUAAAGGAAAUCAUUUUAAUGGAAGAGAACUGGCCAUCUCUGCCCUUAACCCUUCAAGACCUUGCCACAGCCAGUGUACUGAGGGGCAUUAGGUGUCACAAAACAUUAAGCCUUACUAGAACGUAAAUGUAGCCCAUUUCCCACCUACCUUGCAGAGCUUUUGUUACUGUACUUUGUUCUCUUAGGGAGAUAGGCACACUGUUUAUUCCUGGCAUCUGAAUGCCUGUUUUGGGUGCUCUGAAUCACCCUCCUAGAGGCACCUACCUCUUUCCAUUGACUAUAUAGCAAACUUAGGCUUUUAACUUUGACCCUCUGAGUCACAAAACUUAUAUGCCUAAACUAGAUGGUAUGAAUGUUCUCUUCCCCCCCCCCCACCCCGGCCACCCUGUGUGUCAGCCACCAUGCUUCAGCAAGAUGCAAGAUGUUGAAUUAGUGGUAUUUCAGGGUUUAACAUAUCUACACUGGGAAAUGGUUUGUUAAGCAGUGCGACCUAUCUAAAAGAGCUUGGCAGUGUGAGAUCCACUGCAUAAGUACUCCAAAAAAAAAAAA